GAGUCGCCACCGCCCGCUAGGGGCGCGGGAGGCGGGGCUUGGUGCGGAGGGAUGCACUCGGGACCGCCUCCUGGGCCGGGCCGGGGGCGGGCUCCUGCACCCAUGGCGCAGGGAGCCGGCGAGCUACCGCGACCGGAGUUAGCGUCGUACCCGAACCGAAGCCCUGCUCGCCAUGGGGGAGGUGGAGAUCUCGGCCCGGGCCUACGUGAAGAUGUGUCUGCACGCUGCCCGGUACCCAUACGCCGCAGUCAACGGGCUGUUGCUGGCGCCACCGCCGCGGUCCGGAGAAUGCCUGUGCCUCACUGACUGUGUGCCCCUCUUUCACAGCCACCUGGCCCUAUCCGUCAUGUUGGAGGUCGCCCUCAACCAGGUGGAUGUGUGGGGCGCACAGGCCGGUCUGGUGGUGGCUGGGUACUACCAUGCCAAUGCAGCUGUGGACGACCAGAGCAAUAUCUGAGCACCUGUUUCCCACAGCACUCAAGCUUCAAGCAGUCGUGCAUCAAGCAUCCAGCAGGCCCGAUCCCCGCAGGCCAGCUACAGGGAAAGGCCACAGCUGCGCCCACAUCUAUGAGACCUGGGAGGCCCAGCUCAAAUGAAUGGGUUUUGCCCACAGUUGGCUCCUCACUCUGAUCUUCCCUCUACACAGCCCUGGGCCCCUGGCCUUGAAAAUUGCUGGGCGAAUUGCAGAAUUCUUCCCUGAUGCAGUACUUAUUAUGUUGGAUAAUCAGAAACUGGUGCCUCAGCCUCGUGUCCCCCCAGUCAUCAUCCUGGAGAACCAAGGUCUCCACUGGGUCCCUAAGGACAAGAACUUAGUGAUGUGGAGGGACUGGGAAGAGUCAAGGCAGAUGGUGGGAGCUCUACUGGAGGAUCGGGCCCACCGGCACCUUGUGGACUUCGACUGCCACCUUGAGGACAUCCGGCAGGACUGGACCAACCAGCAACUCAACACUCAAAUCACCCAGUGGGUUGGUCCCACGAAUGGAAAUGGAAAUGCCUGAGCCAGGGCGGUCCAGAUCCAAUAAAGAGACUUGAGCUGAAGGGCAA